AUGGUAAAGAGUCUGCACAGCAUUUUUAUAAUCCUUAAAUCUUUACACUUGUUUCUUAACACAGCUAACAUAUCACAUGCAACAGCAGUGCCUCGUCAGUAUGCAGCUGUCAUGGCAAAGUUGGAAAAUGUGUCACCUUAUGAAGAAAUUUCCCUCUUAGAAUAUGAACCCACAUCCAGUUCUGAAAGAAGGAAAUGGCGAAAAGGAAUAUUAACCUAUUUUAAGUGUAAAGUUGCUUUAUUUACUGUGUCUUUUGGCAACUUCCUUGGGACAGGGCAAUGGAUAUGGAAGCACCCUGAAAACCAAAGCACUGAAAAAGAAAUAUCUGUGGUCAACAGAAUUAAAAACAGCCUUCCCAAGUUUUCUACAAGGGCAAUAAGAAAGAAUUUCUUUGAACAAUAUGGUACAGUGAUGAAGCCAUGUGAACUCAGAAGUGUGUUCUUUGAACUCACUGAUUAUCAGUAUGCAUGUGAAAAUGCUGCAAGUGAAGAAGUAGAUGAGCGUUUUCUUAAGUUUAUCAGCUCUUGUGAUGAUGAAGAGGUGGUUGUUGAUUUAAGGAAGUACAAUGGCAGAAUGGCGGACACUAAGUUCGACCCCUUUUGGAAAGAACUUGGAACAUAUCUUGAUGAAUGGACAGCUGUGAAUGACAGAAGAGAAACCUCAACUUCAUACUUACCACUAGCCAUUUCAGUUGAAGAUCUCAGGACUUUCGUGCUAAAGAGAUUGCCUGCUGAUACACCUGCACCAUCAGCUUCAUGGAUAAGACUGAACUUCAUGCCAUCAAGUCAGUUCAGAGCAAGUGCACAACACUACACAGGCAAAUUUGAUGUUAAAUAUGCAGUGCAGCAGAGGCUUCUCCGAGCACAGCACGAAGAUGCUCCAUACGCUCUUCAUCUAUGGUAUAUGCUGAAGGACAUGGUGGUGAAAUACAGAGAUUUCUCACGACUUCAAUGUCUAGAUGACAAAGCAAUUAUCCCUGUAGGUGAGCCAGGUAAGCCAGUUGCAACAGGUGUGAGAUCACAUCAUAGAGCUAUGGUGGUAGGAAACCAGUCUUCACUUAAGUGCCUCGACCACGAUUACCAUCUUGCAGGCAUUGUUGCCUCAGUUGCGUUGACUGUUGAAAUUCCAGAAAGUUCAAGGGACUCUUUCUACAAAGGAACUGUUCAUGUUACUGUAAAGGAUAAGGUGUUCCAGGCAUCUAGUCCUCUGCGUCAUGCAACAGAGAAUAGAAACAUAGUGCUUGAAAACUACACAGAUGAUGGUGUAAAUCUUGAUCGUCCAAUUUUAUUUCGCUACACAGAUGGUGGGCCUGACCAUCGUACAACAUAUAAGUCUGUAAAAACAGCAUGUCUGCUUGAAUUCAUUUGCCUGGACCUUGAUAUGCUAAUUUGUGUACGCACUGCUCCAAAUCAGAGCUACAAUAACCCAGCAGAAAGGAUCAUGGCUCUACUUAACCUUGGACUCCAAAAUUCUGCUUUAUGCCGAACUGAAAUGUCUGAAGGCUUUGAAAUGCAGGCAAAACGUCUGAAUUCCCUAGCAAGUAUCAGGAAUUACGCAGAGAAAAAUAAGGUGUUUAAGGAGGCGUACAAAGAUUCGAUGGUCGGCCCAUGUUCAGUGGUCUCAGACCGGUUUAAAAGGCUGUCACUAAAAGGAGAAUCUGUAAAAGUUCACAGACCUGCUGAAAAAGAAGAAAUAGAGGCCCUGUGUGAAAUGAUCAAAAUUAUAGAUGAAACAUUCCCUUUGGAAAAGAUAAAUGACUAUCAGUCAUCUGCUGCUGUCAAAGACUUCCUUGAAAAACAUUCUCAAAUGAGACAGUAUUCAUUCCAGAUGAAGAAAUACAAAAGCAACCAGUGUGGAUACUGUGUACUAAAUCCACCACGACUUCCACACGAGGUUUUUGAUGAGCUGCAUUUCCUGCCAGAUCCUAUUCCAGAUGGUGAUAACCAUUAUAAACCAUUCAAUGAAGUAUAUGGCACAGAAACUGUGGACAAUCAUCGGCCAUCCUUAAAACUGAGACCAGAACUUUCAGACCGGGACAAGAAACACAAAUCAUUAUUUGUUGCAGCUAAGGUUCGUGGCUAUGUACAAUGUUUUGACUGUGGUAAAAGACGUGUAGUGUAUGCUGCAAAGAAAUUCACAUAUAUAGAGCAGCAGCGUUUGAGCAGAGUGAAGGAAGAAAAGCUAUAUGUUUGUGGAAGUACUCUUUUUCCUGGACUAGACCUACAGGACGUUGUGGUUGUGAAGGAAGGUCAGAACUGUCAAAGCCCAAUUGAAACAACAUACUAUGCAGAUGUGAACAACAAGAUGGAGGAUAUAUGCUUCUAUUGUGGAUGUGCAGAAAAUCUGGCAGAUAAUCCAGCAUUACAUGAUCUUAGGGAGCAGUUUGGAACUGUUCGGCCAAUCUGCGAAGCUUGUUGGGUCUCAGGAAAGGAACCAUCAACUAGGAACAAACGUGUUAAUAACAAACGUGCUAAAAAAAAAUAACUUGGGAAAACAAAUUUGGAAAUAUUUCAGACUUACAGUGACUACUAAAAACUAGAUUUAAAUAAGGAUGUUCUUACUCGUUUAGUUUCUCUAAGACUGGUUUCAGUUUAUCAUCACUUUGUAUUCAAAUAAUGUUUACUUAAAUGUGUUUUGAAAAUUAAAAAAAAUAUUUGAAACAAACUUUAUUUAAUAUUAUAUAUUUACUGAGAUAUGUCUUUUUAGAUGGAAAUAGUAAGGAUUAAAAAAGCAUUUUCAAAAUCCUUGGCACCUGGUCCCCCAUCCCUCCGGUUCAGCCCAAAGUAUUAACAUACCGGUAGUUAAUAUUUGAACAAUUCUUUGUUAUUAGCCUAGCAAAUUAAGUCUAAACAACAAUUUUUGAUGAUGGUGAUCAUAGCUGCUAAUGACUAUAGAUUGAUAAAGGGCAUUUAUGCUUAUUAGAUGAUAAACUGUACAAUAGAUUAAAGUUCAAUACAACGACUU